AUGGCGCCCAAGGCAGCUGGUAAGAAGACCGCGGCGGCGGCGGAUGGGGCCAGCAAGAAACAGCGCCUUGCCGAGAAGAAAAGUGAGGCUGUGAGGAGGGAACAAAAACAGGUGUUGUCCAGCGAAAAGGCUAACCAGGCCAUCAUGAUGGAACAGAUCGUGGAGUGGUGCGAGUCGCACCCAAGGGGAUUCGAACACAUCCACCGCUCGAUCAUGCUCGGUUCCUAUGACGCCUUGGACCAGAAGAAUGCCCUGACGGACGCCGAUGCGGACACAAGGUUGCCGAGCUACAUGAACAAGUUCCGACUCCUGACCGUCCCGGUGGCCUUGGAAAUCCUCGCCUUGGUGACGCCAGCAGUUGCCUCCUUCAUAGAGAAGAUGCUGAAGAAGGGGCAGAAGAUUUCCAAGUUCGACGUCACGGAGGUCGUCGCCUUCGUCCUCCAUGUGGAUCUGCGCAGCGCCUUGCCCAGCAAGCAGAAGAGCCAGCUGCUCCAGUGGUGCAAGACCAGAAGCGAGGAGUCGGACAGUCCUCUCAAGUCUUGGUCUUCGUCUUCGGAGCCGGUAUGCGAGACCUGGGAGGACGGGGAUGUUCUGGACUUCGUCGCCCAUCCGCUCUACAAGUACUGGAACUUUGAGCAUGCCGCCGAUGACGGGGACCAGUCGACGUUCGGGGUCGUGCGGUACCUGAAGACGGACAUUCGCCUUCGGCUUCCGAAGGAGAUCCGCGGGUUCCCGAUGAAGGGCCCCCACCUCUUCUUCACGGCCUUCGUGAAGGGCUGCAUCAGCAUCCCCAUGACCCACGUCAUGGAGCACAAUGGGGCCGAGGCGGUGCCUGAGAGGCCCCUCUUCUUCGAGGCGGUUCCAUCAGGCUCGUCUUCGACUUCGCCUUCGAAGCCCAAGGAGGCCGAGCAGCAGCCCCCGCCGGCUACGCCGAAGAGGAAGGCUCGCUCCGACCCGAAGACUCCCGGGUCCGGGCGCUCGGGCAAGGACCCGGUGAGCCCGCCGCCUUCGUCCGGCAAGCGCAAGCGCUGA